AUGCAGAUCGCUAAGCCUGAAAAAUUGUGCAGAUAUCCGACUGAAACUUUCUUACCCCAGUUGUACUACAAUUCAGACAAUUUUGACCCCGUCUCUCGGACCAUCAAUAUAGUUCGUCCAAGUCUAGUAGAAGAUGGUUUCUGGUGGUCAACAUUGAAUCUGAGCGGACAUAGAUUGAAGGAAAUUGAGGAGACUGAUUGA